AGGAGGUUUUGGCUGUCAAACUGUGUAUUUCUCUGCUCCGUCACACAGAUCUGAUUCCUGCAGACAAGUCUUUCUAUGAGGCAGGAAUGGCUGCCAAGACAAUCGGCUGGGAGAACUCAGCUUUCAUAUUUCUGAACAGAUUCUUGGAUCUUGUUGAUGCCAUAGAGGAAGGCAACCUGGACGCUUUGGAUCACUCAGAUUUCCAGGACACAGACAUCCCUUUUGAAAUUCCUUUGCCUGACAAACAACAUGUUCCGGUAGAGAAACGAGAGGAGGUUCGUGAGUGGGUCCUGGCGGUUUCUAUGGACCAGCGAGUGGAUCAGGUUCUCCCCAAGGAUGAGAGAGGAACAUAUGAAGCUGCUCUAAUUGACGUCAGUAGCGGGGUUCGCUCACUACCCUGUCUAAUUACAGGGUACCCCGUCCUCCGAAACAAAAUAGAAUUCAAACAGCCGGGAAAGGCUGCAAACAAAGAAGAUUGGAACAAGUUUCUUAUGGCUGUGAAGACCAGUCACAGCCCCGAAUGCCAAGACGUGUUAAAGUUUAUCAGUCGGUGGUGUGGUGGCCUCCCAAACACCAGCUUCUCCUUUCAGUGAAGGACUACGUCCACACCCUGUGUAUAUUUCAUGUGUAAUAAACUUGUUAUAACCUCA